AUGGAAGUGGAGCGUCGAGCUCAGGAGAAGUUGGUCACCAGUAUAUUUAGCUACGGUAAUGCGCAUAAGGCCAUCAUUCAAGGUAACGACGUGGAAUCCUUCCAUCUCCACGUUCGACUUAGCAACUCCGAGGAUCAGUCAUUCCCUAACCCAGAACUGGCUGAAAAGACCAGGGCCGAUGUGAAAAUUGGGAGUACCUUCGACUGGAAAAUACAAGGCAUGAUUGUCGAUGUGUCCAACGAUGCCGACUGUGUCAUUUCCAUCGACAAACGAUCAAUGGAUGGCUUCGGAUUUGAUCUUGAUUCCGAAAUCCAAGUGCAUAUCAAGAUAAAGCCAAGAAUGACCUCAGUCGCAAAUCAGAUCAAGGCCAUUAAGCAGGCCGAAAAUCCUCAUCUGGGUUUUGGAGACAAACCGGGCAAUCAAGGGAAAGGCUUUUCUCUUGCCAAGACGGUGCUUGCCCAUGGCUGUGAGGUAGAUCCCAGACACCCCGAUUACUUCGUUUUGGACGUCACGACCAUAUCUAGCCUGGAGCUAAGUAUUAUUCAACAGCGGCUAGACCAUUUGAAGAACGUAUUCCACCUCGACGAGCCCCAGUCUUCUGACGGGGCUUUUCUUCAACGCUUCCAUAUUCUCUGA